CGCCGCCGUCGUAUGGACCAGUUGAAGAGAUUCGCGUUGUCGUCGCCCGCUCUAUGCUGCUGCACGCCGCGGCCGCGCCGUUCCCUGGCUCAGCACGGACCGUAUAGCACAGACCGUCGUCGCCGUCGCGCACUGCGCCACAACGCACCGUCGACGCACUACCUGCUGCCCGGGGCCGCUGCCGAUGGACUCGCGAGCGUCUUCGCUGUCGCCGGUGAUCGACCCGGACGACUCGAGAUCGCCUCCCGGAUCGCCCGCGCCGAUGACGCUCCUGCAGCCGCGCCAAACCUCCGCCGGGCUGCACGCUCACGGCAACCACAACCACAACAAUAACAAUAACAACGACAACGACAACGACAACGACGUCGACGACGACGACGACGACAUCGACGACGACGACGACCGGCGAUCGUCCGGUGCGACAGCGAAAGCGGCACGCGCACCACCCUCGCCGUCGGACCAUCACCGGGCGCUGAUCGCCGGAAUCACCGCAGCCGCAGCCGCAGCCGUCGCAGAUUUCAAAGAGCCUAAAGAAGACGGAGUGGAAGACUACCGUCAAACGUUCGAUGGUUCAAAAAAUAAUAACAGUAAACAGUUAAAUGGUCCGUCCAAUAAGCAGAGGCGAAGUAGGACCAACUUCACUCUUGAACAGCUCAACGAACUCGAAAGACUUUUUGAUGAAACCCACUACCCAGAUGCAUUUAUGAGAGAGGAGCUUAGUCAGCGCCUUGGUCUCAGUGAGGCUAGAGUACAAGUAUGGUUUCAAAACAGGCGGGCCAAAUGCCGAAAGCAUGAAAGUCAAAUGCAUAAAGGCUUAAUGAUGCACCAGAACGUAUCUACGCCACUAGAACCGUGUCGAGUGGCCCCGUACGUAAAUGUGCCAAGACUGCCGCAGUUGCAAUUCAAUUCUUCGGCUGCAGCUGCGGCUGCGUUUUCUGCGUUCGAUCCGGCCAUCUUGACUGCUGCACAACAGGUAAUUUUACAUUAUGCAGUGGCCAUGGGAAGAGGUGUUCUGUGCCCUGCGCCAUAUCCUCCGGGUGGUCUGAGUCUAGCUGCUCUUGCGGCAUUACAUCAAGAUAGACUGUUAACCAAAAAUUCCAGUAUAGCUGACUUGCGGUUAAAAGCUAAAAAACACGCCGAAGCCAUUAGUAGAGACCAAGAGAUUGUUUAACAUUAGGCAUGCCUUUUCUUUCGUUAUGUUUUUUUUUUUAUAUGCUGUCAACAAUUUCGUAAUAUUUUCAUGCUACAUCCAUCGCAUCCACUGCGAGAAAGGUGACACAAUUUAAAAAAUGUCAAUAUUAAGUCUACACUAUGUAUUAAUAAACACGUAUGAUGCACAUAAGCGAAAAACGUAAUAUUAUCAUCUCAAACUUUAAAUGUGUCCACCAUUGAGCAGUUUUGUCAGUUUUACUUUUAGACGAAUCCAUAGUCAUCGUAUCUAGAACAAUGUCACGUAUUUUCUCAAACUAAUGUUUCAAGACAAAUGUGUGGUGCCGUCAAGAAAAACGACACAUUUCGAACUGUGUCUGUUUAAAUGUUAUAGUUUGUGUUUAAAAAAUGACAUAAGUAGAUAAUACUUGAGAGGC